CUUGGUUAUUAUUGUUUGGUCAGUGUAUUAUCGUAUUGUGCGCUACGUAAUUUCUGUACACAGCCAGACUCAAAGAUGGCGCUGUGCGAAACUCUGCCAACCUGUUUACUGAUGUACACCGCUGCAGUAAUUCUGCCCGUUGUGGUCUGUAUUUUCGGUGUAUGUGUUAUUUACCUGCACUACGUGCAUCUCAAGUACGCCCAUAUCCCAUCACCACCGAGGGAUGGGUUUUUUCUUGGACAUGCGACAACUUUUUACAGAAACAUGAAUAAGGGCACCCCAUUUGCGGAAGCCUUUCUAGACAUGUCAAUUGAGUGCGGCCCAGUUAUGGUUGCUUUUUUUUUGCACCUACCCAUUGUGCAAGUGAGCGAUACAGGAGCUGUCAAGGAGAUUUUGCUGAGCAGCGCCCAUUUCAAGCCCCGUUUUACAUACAGUGUUUUCAGCAAAGUCUUUGGAGCCCGCUUCCUGGGAUCGGGUCUCGUGUCCCAAUUGGAUUCAGCAAAGCAUGACAAAGUACGAGCCAUGCUCAACCCCGUGUUCACACGAAAGUAUUUAGCAACCUUUGCGGAGCAGUUCAAUGCAGGGGCAGAGACACUGAUUGAGAAACUAAGCCAGAAGGCUGAUGGGAAGACGGAGGUCGCCAUGUUGGAUGAGUUUAAUAGAACCACACUGGAUGUCAUUGCUAAGGUGGCGUUCGGAAUGGAACUGAAUUGCACGAUGGAUGAAAAUACCCCAUUCAACAAGGCCAUAACCUUGGCUCUUCAGGGAAUGAGUACCACUUUCCAAUCGACUCUAGCCACUUUCAGUCCUCUACCAUCUGCCCGCAAAUUUCGUCAGGACGUCCGAGACAGCAUCAAGUUACUUCGGGAGACUGGCCGUCAGUGCAUCGAGCAGAAACAGCGUGCCAUCGAGAGACACGAGGAGGUCCCUGACGAUAUCCUGACGCAGAUCAUAAAGCAAUCCAUGCAGCUUGAGGAGAAGGACCAGUUACAGAUGGAGGAAAUCAUUGAUGAAUUCGUAACACUUUUCUUUGCUGGCCAAGAGACAACGGCUAACCUUCUUAGCUUCUGCCUGGUUGAACUCGGGAAUCAUCCGGAAAUCAUGCACAGAUUACGGACUGAGAUCGAAGCUGUCAUGGGAGACAAAGACCGUCUUGAGAUGAGUGACGUUGGCAAACUAACCUACACGAUGCAGGUUUUAAAGGAGACCCUCAGGCUAUGGCCCCCAGUAACUGGAGCGAUACGGGAGCUAGGUCAUGACGUGACCGUCAGAGGCUACCAUUUACCAGCGGGAACCACUGUAUCUAUGAACACUUACUGCAUGGCGAGAAUGGAGGAAUUCUUCGAAAAUCCAAUGCAGUUUGAUCCUGAUCGCUUCAAGGCCAGCGACGACAAACCACUGUAUGCCUACUUUCCGUUCUCCAUGGGAUCUCGAAACUGCAUUGGUCAACAAUUUGCAAUGAUCGAGGCCCGUAUCCUUCUAGCGAGACUUCUGCACAGGUUCCACUUUGACCUGGUGCCUGGCCAGGGCUACGGCAUCAAGGACGAAGUCACGCUGAAGCCGUCGGGACGAUGUAGAAAUUACAUACGGCUGGUGGAAGAAUCUUAGUACUGGUGAAAGCGCCAUCAACCGUCAAGAAGAGCACAGGGGAAUAUAUUGCCCCUGUAAGUCACUCUAUUACACGUUCAUCUCUUGGUGGUUUUUUUUUGGGGGGGGGGGGGGGAAUGUUCUUUAAUACUGAGAUUGUCAUUUGUAGCACAUGUACUAAAUCACGAUGAUGAAAAAUACAUUUACACAGAAAAGGUUUAUGUUAGGGAAGUGCAAUAAAAAAAUUGAGAAGUUCAAGGAGUUUGUCACAUUUUGAGAUUUGGGCGAAGUUAUCAAGAGGCCUUGAAAUUUGAAUAGGUAUUGCCAUGGUUCUCUUUUUCACACAAAGCACAGCUUUGCUUUCAAUGGAAUUAAGAGCCUAAGGGCGAUUCCACGCAAAUGUGGACACGGUGAAAAGUAGAAAAGUUAUGACAUCACCAAAACUACACACGUACAAGCAAUACAACCUCAAAUGUUGCGUCAAAUUAAAGGUGACAGGCAAACCUUUCACUUGAGUGGUGAUCCGGUGCAGUGAGAUCGAAUAAUGGUUAAAUGUAAUUGUUGUUUAAAAAAAAAAUGGGGGUCCUGCCUAAUUUUUUUUUUGAAUAGUCAUUUUGACACCUCGUCAUUGCAAAAUGCAAGUGUUACCAGGGUUAGCGAUUUUCUUUUUACAAAAAUAUCCCCCACAAAUUGAUGUUUAAA